GGGUGUGCAAAGCUGUUUCUGAGAGGAUCACGAGGCGUGCGGCAAGCACGCUGAUGGGUUGGAAUGGAUGCUUUCCCGGGACCUCCACGGCUCAGGAAGGGCACCCUGGGUUCUUGCAUCCCUUCUCCGCCUUAAGGAACAGAUAAAAGUAGCGGGUACCGCUCCCCAGCUUCUGCAAAACGAACUCAAACAAUCGCUAAAUGCUUCCCCGGUCUGGGAGAAACACUAACAAAUGAGGCUGGAAGAACACUGAGAACGAAGCGCAAAGAAGCGAGCGCGGGAUAACGAUGGAAAGCAAAGGGUUCCUUGCACUGAGGGCAGUAAGCCUCGCGAGAUCUAGGGGUCGGGAAUCUCGUUGCGUUGCCUAGCGACCAAAAGACGCUGGCGGGCCCCCUUAGCGAAACCCCUGCUGGAGCCCUGAGAGUCCUACCAUGGGGGAAGAAGGCAGCGGCCGCGGCUGUGGGAUCACCAGGGACCUGCAGAAGCUGAAGCAGCAGGCGAUGGCGUACUACCAGGAGAAUGACGUCCCCCGCAGGCUGGAAGAGCUGCUCAACUCCACCUUCUACCUCCAGCCCGCGGACGUCUACGGGCACCUGGCAAACUACUUUUCUAAACUUGCAAAGCCUCCCUCCAUAUGCAAAGUAGCAGGAAAAAUCAUACUGGAUGGACUGGGACUUCCUACUCUCCAGGUGGAAAUCUCCUGCACCAUCCAAAACUUCCCCAAGUACAUCUGUUCUGUGGUGAUACCUGCGCACUUUGAAGUCGCAGAGAACGCCCCGCCAGAGGUGGCAGACGCCGAGGAGACAGAACGACACCUGGCAGUGAGCACGGCUCUGCAGUGGGUCAAUGAAUGCAUGACAGAGGAGUUGUGGGGUCUGGUCCCCUCCAACCAGGCAGAGGUGGACCACAGGCUCAGGCUAUUUUUUAAAAAUAAAGUACAAGAAGAUAAAGAGAGAAAAGAGUUGGAAAGGAGCCUUGAGGAGUCAGUGCCCGUACCUCCGCCUGUAAUCCUGCCACCACCUCCUCCACCUCCCACCAAGAAGAAAGGACAGAAGCCAGGGCGGAGGGACACGCUUUUGGAAAAACCUAUUAUCCCCCCAGAACCCCCUGAACCCAUCCUCCACGGUAGCAUGGCCAUAGGCGCUGUUUCACUAGCGGUGGCGAAAACCAGUGCCAGCCUGGCCAGUGUCCCUCUGUACAUGAACAUUGCAUCCCUGAAGCAUGGCCAGGAGCAGCCGUCAGCGGCGACACUCACCAUGCCUCUGCUGAUGGGAUCUGUGCUCAGCUGCGGGAAGGCAUCACCCGGGAAGCUAAACUUAAUGAAGGAAGUGAUUUGCAUCCCCCAUCCCGGAUUAACAACCAAACAAGGUAUAGAGCUGCUCCUGGAAAUUCAGAAACAAAUCAACAGAGUGAUUGAGACGCUCCCACCUCCAAAACCAGAGACCAAAAAGGGGCAUGAUGGGGGCAAAAGAGGUCAGCAGCCGAUCAUGGGCAAGAUGUCCCACCUUGGCUGUCUAACUGUUAACUACGACACCAUAGAGCAGCCGCUGCUUCUUAUCCAGGGGAUCUGCUCGAACCUGGGGCUAGAGCUGGGAAUGAGCCUGCACCUGGCCAUCAACUGCGCUGCGCACGAGUUAAUGGACUACAGCAAGGGAAAGUACGAAGUGAUGGCGGGCACGUACAAAAGCAUGGCUGAGAUGGUGGACCUGUACGUGGAUCUGAUCAACAAGUAUCCUGCCAUCAUUGCCUUGAUUGAUCCCUUCAGGAAGGAGGACUCUGAACAGUGGGACGGCAUCUAUGCUGCUCUUGCUUCUAGGUGCUACAUCAUUGCAGGGGCUGCUUCCAGAAGCGUCUCUAAACUCCUGGAGCACAGGAAUACCAGCACCCCCAAAUCCCACGGGCUGGUCAUAAACCACACAAACCAAACCACCAUGUCUGACUUGGUGGAAAUAACCCAUCUUCUCAAUGGUAAAAAGCAGCUUGCUGUCUUCGGGAGCACGGAGGCAGAGUCCUCUGAUGACAGCCUUGUCGAUCUGGCUGUUGGACUCGGCGCCCGGUUUAUCAAGUUGGGGGGUCUUUCUCGGGGUGAACGAGUGACCAAAUACAACCGCCUUCUUGCUAUAGAGGAAGAACUCAUCCAGAGUGGAACACUGGGUUUCAGUGAAGAACACAAUUUUUCUUCCUUCCAAGAGGAUGCUGAAAAGACACCAGAGGCUACUGCCACAAUGGCAGAGGAAACUCUUGGGCCCCUGGACUCCAUCUUCCCUACAGAAGUUGUGGAGGAAUCAGCUCAGCCAUGAGCCUCCUGGGGCUGGACUCCGGAGCAGCAAUACCACAAGUGUUGGCUAGCCGGCGUGAAGGGUGUCUCCACGCUGGCUCGACUCCUAGCUCCACCAGCUUGGGCAUGCAUUUUAUUCUUUCAGCCUCACCAUUGGAUAAAGUAAACCCCUGGUGGUUUUACCUUAAGUUCCGUGAACUUUAUUUUACAGCCAUCACAUUGCCAUGGGGACACAGGUUCUACUGUCUAAAUCUGAAGGUCCUGACCUGACUUCAUUAGAGGCUAAUACAGUGUGAUGCUAGGCCCAUACUCAGUCAGGCACCGUACCCUUCUCAAGUCAGAACACCUUCGAUAGCUCCCAGUGCCCCACAGGCAUCCACUGAUUGUAUUAGUACCUCUGCUAACUUCAGAUGGUUUUCAUAGCCAGCCACAUGCGCCAAGCACCACAGGGCUGUCUGCAGCAACACUUUCUUUCCUCUUAUCUUCCUACUCUUGAUUGCCUUCCACCCAUCCUUUCCUCUCAGGUUUUCGUCAUUCCCGUAUGACCUUUCUACUUAGAUCCUUUCUGGAACAGAGUUGGGUAUAACUUAAUAAGCACAUUUGCAAAUGGAUAUUCAUAGCAUUGUCCAGUGCCCUCUUAUUUACACCACAGCAUGAAGAAAGGAGCAGCAAGUGGUUAAAACGAUGAUGACAAAUUCAUGUUGACAGACUCACCUCUUUUGUGAGUCAGUGCUGAGCUUUUAGUACUGAAGUGAAUAUUCAAGUAGGGAGACAAUAGUAGCCAACCCCUUACAUUAUCACGUCCUUUGUUAGGUGAGUUAGCACAAGGGCUGUUUGUAACUAAAGACUACAUAAAUCGCAGGGUCUUGGCCUGCAGCACAAUCAUUUCAGUCCCAGCUUAAAUAGUCUGUUUUGAGGAGAAUGACCAAGGGAACAUCAUGUCCUCAUGGGAGAGCCAGCCCCCUCCCUCUCAGCACUGCGAUUUGAGAUUGGCUCAGUGGCAGUCUCUUUGAAGCAUGGCAUGGGGAACUGGUAAGCAUCAUUCCAAG